AGCGACGAAUCUUCAAGACUCGCAAAAAAAGCAGUAAAGUCCGAUAACAGAGGGAAGUGAAGUGAGCACUGAGCACGCACGCAUUUCACAUCUCUCUCUCUCUCUCUCUCUCUCUCUCUCUCUCUCUUCCUAGAUCUUCUUCCUCUGUUGCCUCACUCCAACCAAAUUAAUCACCCAACUUAUAUUAAAUUAGAGAAUAAUUAAAAUAAAAUAACAUAUUUUGAUGAGAUAAUGCAAGGUUCUUCUGUAGCUGAAGCCGAAACAGAGGAAGAAGAACUUAACCAGAUACUCUUUUUCAAUUCCAACAAUGGCAACAAACUCUAACAACCUCAUCUUUCUCCUUUCCAUCCUCUCAUUUUCCUUCCUCUCUAUUUCCACCACAGGUAACCAAACAACUUCUCUCCCCUCAACUUAUUCACAUUUUCAAAUCAAACAACAAAAUGAAGAAAAUGGUCCAUUCGUUGGCGUCAACAUUGGCUCAGACGUUGAAAACAUGCCAUCAGGUUCGGACUUAGCUUCGUUUCUUCAGUUACAGAAAAUAACACACGUUCGUAUCUACGAUGCAAACCCAGACAUUCUUAAAUCCUUAUCUGGUACCAAAAUUCGUGUCAUCAUAAGUGUCCCCAAUAACCAACUCAUCGCAAUUGGUUCUUCCAACACAACCGCAGCUUCAUGGAUCUACCGAAACGUCGUCUCUUUUUACCCUCAAACAUUAAUCACCGGAAUCUCCGUCGGCGACGAGGUUCUCACUACUGUUCCUUCUUCUGUUCCUCUUCUUCUUCCUGCUAUGCAAUCUCUUUACAAUGCUCUUGUUGCUUCAAAUCUUCAUCAAAAAAUCAAAGUUUCAACUCCUCAUGCUUCUUCCAUUAUUCUUGAUCCUUUUCCACCUUCUGAAGCUUUUUUCAAUCAAACCCUUGUUUCUUUUAUUCUUCCUAUUCUUCAGUUUCUUUCUAAAACUGAAUCCCCUUUGAUGAUGAAUUUUUACCCUUACUAUGUUUUCAUGCAGAAUAAAGGUGUUGUUCCUUUAGAUAAUGCACUUUUUAAAUCUGUUACUCCUGAUAAAGAAAUGGUGGAUCCUAAUACUUUGCUUCAUUAUACUAAUGUGUUUGAUGCAAUGAUUGAUGCUGCUUAUUUUUCAAUGAAGAAUCUUAAUGUUACUGAUGUUGUUGUUCUUGUUACCGAAACUGGUUGGCCUUCUAAGGGUGAUUCUAAAGAGCCUUAUGCUAGUAAAGAUAAUGCUGAUACUUAUAACUCUAAUUUGAUUAAGCAUGUUUUUGAUCAUAGUGGAACUCCUUUGCAUCCUGAAGUUACUUCUAGUGUUUAUGUUUAUGAGCUUUUUGAUGAGGAUUUGAGGUCUUCGCCGGUUUCAGAGGCUAAUUGGGGUCUUUUUUAUGGGAACAUGACGGCGGUUUAUUUGCUUCAUGUGUCUGGAAUUGGAACUUUUUUGGCUAAUGAUACGACGAAUCAGACUUACUGUGUUGCGAUGGAUGGUUUUGAUUCGAAGACAUUGCAGGCUGCGUUGGAUUGGGCUUGUGGACCAGGGAGGGCUAAUUGUUCGGAGAUUCAGCCGGGAGAGAGUUGCUACAAGCCUAGUAAUGUUAAGAAUCAUGCUUCUUAUGCUUUUGAUAGCUAUUAUCAGAAAGAAGGGAAAGCUCCUGGAACUUGUGACUUCAAAGGAGUUGCUAUGAUCACUACUACAGAUCCCAGUCACGGGAGCUGUGUAUAUCCUGGAAGCAAGAAAAUAAGCAACAAGACAAAGGAAGUGGUGAACUCUACUCAAUCAAACAGUGCUGGGGAGAGGUUAAGGUUUAGAAUCAUGAUCAGCUGCAUCAAAAUAAAUACAAUUUUGCGCAUUUUCUUGAUAGCAUUUCUCCCUUCAUUGUUGUCAGUAGUCCUUUUAUGAGGUCCAAGUAAUUUUUUAAUUUUUUAUUAUUAUGGAAUUUUGUGUUAGAGUUGACGAUAAGAUUGCAAGAGAAUAGGCAUCUUGGUCCUGGGAUGAAUUGUAGGUCUAAUUUUAGUGUUUAUGAUAAUAGAUGCUUCCUUUUAUAAUAAAGUAGUGUGAAUAAUUUUUCGUGGGAAUCUUGUAAGUUAACGUAUGUAUUUUCUUGAAAUUACAUUUGUUAAUUAAUUUGUUUAGUGUAUGUACAAUGUGACCUCAUCAUCAUAAUGUAUAUCACAUAAUGUCCUCUGCGAAAUGCAAUUUUAGUGAUGUUAUUAUCUUCCCAA